AUGCCAACACCCACCACAAUGUCUGCUGCCAGUGAUGCUGGAGAAAUCAACCUACAUGCUCAACAGAAAGAGCAGGGACGUGCCAGUGACUAUGAAGAUACCGAUAUCGACUCUGCUUAUGGUGACUCCGUCGCCAGUUCGACAGCAUCGCUUUCCGCCAGUGUUCUCGAAGACUGCAAAAUUAACGGCCGCACCUACCACUGCAAACGCAGCAGGGGACAGUCAUGGAACCCCAAUGAUGAGAAACACUGCGAAGCCUUGGACAUUCUACACGGCGUGUCAAUCUUGAUGCAGGAUGGGAAGCUUUACCUAGCCGAUCUCGGAGACAACCAUAGGGUUCGUUGGCUAAAAGUACUCGACGUCGGUUGCGGAACAGCCCGUAGUGAUUUCGCCGACAGUCACCCCCUCGCAGAAGUCAUUGGGAUAGACAUCUCGGCACGACAACUGCCAGACAGCGACCUCCCUUUGAACGUCCGAUUCGAUGUGGACGACAUUACCGAAGCAUGGACAUAUCCUCCCAACACUUUUCAUUACGUCCACGUGCGCUGGCUUACGGGAUCGAUAGAAGAUUGGAUCGCUUUAUAUAAGGAGAUUUUCAAAGCGUUAAAGCCAGGGGGCACAUUCGAGCACAAGGAGUCGUCUUGCAUGAUUCGAAUCGACAACGGCACUCGUGAUCCGCAGUCUGCGCUUGCCAAAUGGGGCAAGAUGUUUAUAUCAGCUGGUCAGAAGUCUGGACGCACGUUUGCCGUUGUGGAGGACGACAUACAACGGGAAGCUAUGGAGGCUGCAGGAUUCAUUGACAUCCGUGUCGUCAACUUCAAGGUACCGAUUGGUAGCUGGUCAGCCGAUGAGAAGGGCAAGAGUAUCGGAGCGGCGGUGGACCGGGCGCUUCAGGCAGAUCCGGAAGGCUUCAUAAACAGGCCGUGGGGUGAAUCACUGGGAUGGGAAGAGGAUAAGAUGAUGGUAUAUGCAGCCUAUCUCAGAAACGAGCUCAAGGCAGGCAAGUCCCAUGCAUGGUGCUCCAUGAAGGUCGUCAUCGGCAAGAAACCCUACACAGACUGA